ACACCACUGAAACCAACAGUCUCCCCAGCAAAGAAUGAUCUGAGAAUAAAGGAAAUCAUGAAGAAACUAGACCAGCAGUUCCCACCCAGACCUUUCCCCCAUGUGAACACCACCACCAGUGCAGCACACAGUAAAGUCACCAUGCUCAACCCUCAAGACACCUACUGCAAGGGGGAGCAGCUAGAACUCCUGCUGGAGGCAAGAGACCACCUGGGACGCAGGAAGAAGUAUGGUGGGGAUUUCCUAAGGGCCAGAAUGUCUUCCCCGUCCCUGAGGGCAGGCGCUUCAGGAGAGGUGAUUGACUUCAACAAUGGCACCUACCUUGUGCGCUUCACUCUGUUCUGGGAGGGCCAGGUGUCCCUGUCCCUGCUGCUCAUCCACCCCAGUGAAGGAGUGUCAGCUCUCUGGCGGGCAAGGAAUCAAGGCUACAACAGGGUGAUCUUCACUGGCCACUUUGCCAAUGGUACCUCCAAGAUCUUCUCUGAAUGUGGCUUGACCCUAAACACAAGUGCUAAACUGUGCCAGUACCUGGACGCUGGAAACCAAGACGCCUUCUACUGUGUGAAACCUCAACACAUGCCCUGUGGAGCCCUGACCCACAUGACCACCAGGAAUCGAGAUAUUUCUUAUCUUUCUGUGAAGGAAAAAAGUCUUUUCCACAGGUCCAAUGUGGGAGUUGAAAUGAUGAAAGGCCUUAAACACAUUGCUGUCUCCCGAUGUAACAGUAAGUCAAGUGAAAAUAUAAAAGAAAAAUGUGAGAUUGGAAUGAAGAUUCCAGUUCCUGGUGGUUACACUUUGGAAAGAAAGUGGAUUACAACAUUUUGCAACCAGACUCACUUAAAUACAGUGAAGAUAAAGGACUGUUUGAAAGGAAAACUCAUUUACCUCCUGGGAGAUUCUACACUGCGGCAGUGGAUCUACUACUUACCCAAAGUUGUAAAAACAUUAAAAUUUUUUGAUCUUCAUGGAACUGGAGUGUUUAAGAAACAUUUGCUUCUGGACGCAGAAAACCACAUUCAGAUUCAGUGGAAAAAACAUAGCUAUCCUUUUGUUACUCUGCAGCUCUACUCUGUGAUAGAUGAGGGAUAUAUCCCCAGGGAAAUUGACCAGAUACCAGGGGACAAAAACACAGUCAUCGUCAUCACCCUUGGCCAGCACUUCAGACCCUUCCCCAUUGACAUCUUCAUCCGCCGGGCCAUCAGUGUCCGAAAGGCUAUUGAACUACUGUUUCUAAGAAGCCCAGCCUGUAAAGUGAUCCUUAAGACAGAAAACACCAGAGACAUGCAUGCAGACACUGAAAGGUUUGGAGACUUCCAUGGCUACAUUCACUAUCUUACCAUGAAGGACAUUUUCAAAGAUCUCAAUGUGGGUGUUAUUGAUGCCUGGGACAUGACCAUUGCAUAUGAUUCCAAUAACAUCCACCCACCUGAUCAUGUGAUUGGAGAUCAGAUUAGCCUGUUCUUAAACUAUAUCUGCUAA